AUGAAGUACUACGAGGUCGUGACGUUUGAUACGCGGCCGAUGAGUUUUCGGUGGGUGUGCGCGGCGACGGGGCGGCAUAUUGGGGUCUCGCGGGAUUUCAAGUGGGAUAAUUCGCCGGACGAGUUUGAUCGGUUUUUGAAUGUUGGGGUUGUGAGGAGGAAGUGUGGUGUUUGGUCGAGGAGGGGUCUCGUUCUCUGUGAUCCUCCGGUGCGAAGAGUCCGGACGGGAGAUGAUUAUAAGAUUGAGCACGACGUCAAGACCUGGCCAUAUCAGGGUGGCUACCUCGACUUCGUCCCCGAAGAAUCGCAAAUCCGCAUCGCUAGAGGAAGAGGUCGCCACCACCACUGCGGGCCCCCGAGGACCUCCAUGCUGGAAGACCUCGCCUUCUACCUCGAGACACACUCUCAGCUAGUCAAAGUCGCGGACCCAGAAUCCGUGGUCAACGUCUUUUUGAGCAAGAUUGUGGCCUCACACUUGCUCAAGCAGACGGAGCACCUUCGCGCUACGCUCUCUGCAGUGCAGCGUGGUCUCACGCGCAAGCAGGACCUCGCGAAGCUGCCGAUGAACAAAGUUGAGGCGCUCUGGAGUGAUAUGCAGGGCUGGGAGAGGCGGACGGGAGAGUAUCUCGAGGACAUGGAGGGGAUCAUGCUACAGCUCGGGAUUCCACUGUCACCAGCACCUCCGGCGGUGGCCGGAGCCACCACCGCGAUGCCACCACUGCAAUCGCCCGGAAAAGACCACGGCGCGGCAGCAUGGUCAGACUGCUCAGCGGAUUUCCAGUUCCUGCACCUCCGGUUCCGGGAGCUUCGUCACCGCGCCGAGACGCUCAACGCGGCGGUGACGGGGCUGGCGGGCAUCACGGGCAACAGGCAGGCGUACAAGGAGCAGCAGCGGAGUAUCCGCGAGGCCAAGAGUACCAAUGCGGUGACGCUGCUGGGGUUGGUGUUCAUCCCGCUGGUGUACACGGCUUCCGUUUUUUCGAUUGAAAAGCCGUUUGGACCUGGGGGCGAGCUGUUCUGGGUGUAUUUUGUGACGUCGGCGCCGUUGAUCCUGGUGGUUAUGGUUGGAUAUUAUGUGUUGGAUUUUGGGUACAAUGAUGAUGGGAGGAGGGCGUGGUCUGUGGAUACGUUUGCGAAGUCGGUUGGUGAGAGGGUGCAUGGGUUGAAGAGGAGGGAGGGAGGGAGGGAUAUGGAGAAGAGGUUGGCUGGAUAA